AUGAGAGAGUUUAUUCUAUGGAUACAGUCGACAAUCAACUUGUUGUCGGAACUGCGCAACGAAAAAUACUCAUCUGGGAUCUGCGAAAUUUGGAUAUUUGCGAGCAAAAAAGAUUCGAACUUGAAAUAUCAAACAAGAUGCAUCAAAUGCUUCCCAAGCGGAAUUGGCUUCGUCAUGGGUUCCAUCGAGGGUCGAGUGGCUGUCGAGUACUUUGACGUCGACGCUGAAGUUCAGCGAAAACGAUAUUUGACAUUUGCCCAGCUACGCUUUCAAAUGCCACCGCCAGAAAAACGAAGAUAUAGAAGAAAUAUACCCCGUCAAUGCUCUAGCCUUCCACCAGAAAUACCAAACAUUCGCCAGCGGCGGCUCAGAUGGAUUUGUUUCAACUUGGGAUGGAUUCAACAAAAACGACUGGCAAUUUAUCGACGCUACCCAACAAGUGUUUCUGCUCUUGCUUUCAGUCCUCAAGGCGACCAGCUCGCCAUCGGAUCCUCCUUCUUGGACGAAAUCGACGUCCAAGGCGACCGCUACAUUCCAGAACCUCAACUUUUCGUUCGCCAAAUGGCCGACGCAGAAAUCAAACCCAAGAACAUGUCAACUUAG